GUGUCGAGUAUGGCAAGAGCACGUGCUGCGUAGGAUAAAAAUUUUCACUAAAUAUCUCUAUGUGGUAAAAAAGCAUCUCGUAUUUAUCAUUCUUUAUCCUUUUUCUAGUUGAAUACAUGUAUUUUUUAUGGGGGAUGAAGGUUGCCCUCGGAGCAGCGGCAGCCAUUACUGGGGCUAGUGCCCUGAUCUACAUAAUCCUAAGGUCACGAAAGUGCCACACACAGCAAGGAGGCAAGGAUGUCUCGAGCCCCAGGCACAAGGUUGGCACACUUACUGAAGUGUCGUCACAUGAAAAAUCAGACGUGCAUGUGGGGGGGGAAACUGAGCCCCAUAGGGAGUCCAAAGAUCACCAGGAGAAGAAUAACUAUGUUUCCUAUAAGAGCUUAAAUGGUCAUGUUCCAGCUGAAGAAAACAGUGAUUUGUCACCUGAUGAUUUUGCACCCAGAAGUGAAGGGUCUUUUGAUGGGGAAAAGCAGAAGACCAGCCAGGAGGUAAACUCAGACAAAUGUGUGCCUCCUGAAGACAUUGCUUCUAUUACAACUAAUGAAACACAAGACAAUUGCAAGGAAUCCACAGUGAAGAUUGACGUGCUCACAUCCUGUAUCGUGACCCUGAAUGCUCCUAGUUGUUUGGGUGAUGAAUGCCAGCUGGACGAGAAGGAGAGGUCUUUGCCAGUGAAGGAUGAAGUAGUGCUGAAAGCUGAUAAGGACGAAAUUGAUGGAAGCCUUGUUAUCCCCUCCAAGGAAAAUGAAGUUGUUCAGUCUCUUGAAAGUGCCAAAGCAGACACUGCAGAAGCCCCUGGUAGCUCUCCUAAUAGUACUCUGGAGUCGAGCAUUAUUAAUAGGCCAGAGGAUGGAUCAUCAUGUGAAAAGGAAGCCGCUCAGGCAUGUCAACAGGAGGAUAACUAUAGCACUGAUAGAGACAUGCAGGAGGACAUUGUACAAGUCACAAAGAUGUAUCUUAGAGAAGCAUUACCUGAAGACCAAGAUGUGCCAAGAAUCUCCGAAGGGGAGGUAGACAAGAGUGACACGCCACCAAGUACAAACAUAGAGACCCAAAUCAUAGCCUCUGCAUUGUGUGUCGAUGAAACUGUAAAUUGUAAUGAUGCAGGCAAAGUACAAAAAUCUGAGUCAUCACUUUCAAAUACACAGAAUGAAGAAAUUCUAAAUGAGGUGAAGGAAGAGACAAAAGAAGAGUUAACUUUAACUUUACCUGCCAGUGCUCUUGAAAAGAUAAAGACUGUAGCUGUAAUGGAGGGCAAGCCAGAAUUAGAGACAGAGGCAAGUAACCAAAAAGAAAGUAACGUAGAUGUUUCUAGCAGUAAUGGAGAUGCAAUUUCUAGUGAAACCACAAAAAUUGAUAGUUGUGAAGAAGAAGUAGUAGUGGAGAAAAGAGAACUAGAUUGUUUGGAAGAAGAAAAUAAGUUGGAGCAAGAUGAUGGAAUCCAACAAGAUAUUAGUUUGGUGGAGGCCGAGUCUGUUGUUAUACAAGAGGCAUCUACUAAUCCAUCUGUCAUCCAAGAAAACCAUAUUGAUGAAGCUGUAUUAGUUAAUGGGAUUGAGAUGUCUGACAAUGCCACUAGUGUUCAGAAAAAUGUUGAUGUAAAAGCUGAGGUUAUUCCCAACGUGACAUCUGAGGUUAUUGCAAAUAUGACAACUGAGGUUAUUCCCAAUGUGACAGCUGAGGUUAUUGCAAAUAUGACAACUGAGGUUAUUCCCAACGUGACAUCUGAGGUUAUUGCAAAUAUGACAACUGAGGUUAUUCCCAAUGUGACAGCUGAGGUUAUUGCAAAUAUGACAACUGAGGUUAUUCCCAAUGUGACAGCUGAGGUUAUUGCAAAUAUGACAACUGAGGUUAUUCCCAAUGUGACAGCUGAGGUUAUUGCAAAUAUGACAACUGAGGUUAUUCCCAAUGUGACAGCUGAGGUUAUUGCAAAUAUGACAACUGAGGUUAUUCCCAAUGUGACCGCUGAUGUUAUUGCAAAUAUGACAACUGAGGUUAUUCCCAAUGUGACAGCUGAGGUUAUUCCCAAUGUGACAGCCGAGGUUAUUCCUGCAGUUGACACUGUGCCAGAUUGUAAUGACAAACAGAUUUUGAAUUGGGCUGCUGAAGUGCAAGAAGAAAUUGCGAGAGAAAAGGCUGAACUGCACACGACUGAGCUUGAGCCAAAGCACCCAGUCUGCAAAGUCCAGGUGUCUGAGGCUCCUUCCAAGAGCACUGAACAGAAAUCGAACAAAAAGAAUAGUGCAGUUUCCUCAUCGAAAGAGGGCUCAAAGCAAGGCAGCACAAAGAAGCCUGCGAAGGAGGCCUCAGAGAAGGGCCGGAGGAGGAGAGGUGGCAAGCAGGCCCCCCCUCGUAGUGAAGUUCCCCCCGAGCCGAAAACCACCAACAACGUAAGCCAAACGAAGGAAAAUUCCCAGACUGUAGGGGUGGAACCAGCAGUUACUGAUCUGGAAACGUACCCCGUGUCGGAGACCGACAGCCACAACUGCGACUCGCAAAGCCUGAAAUCGAUUGACAGCGGCCAGGGAAGCAUUGAAGUGGAACCCGAGACUGUAUUUAAUCCAUCGGCAUGUCCAGUGUUCAACCAAGAGCAGUUUUUGUUCUUUGAAUUUGAAAUUCCACAGACACUGGUAGGAAGGUUGAUUGGCAAGAAGGGAGCCUUUGUAAACAAGAUCAAGGCUACCACUGAUGCAACGCUUAUAGUGUAUCCACACAAGAACAGAAGGCUAAAGUUAUGUUCCGUUGAAGGUACCAAACAGCAGGUUGAUGCAGCCAUAAGGAUGAUCAGAGAGCACUUCCCCCUUGACAGAUACCCUGAUGUCACCCUCGAGCCAGUGUCCGGGAGAGGGCCAGUGCCGCCUGCCACUCAGCCCACCGUCAACACGCAAGCCAUGCAGAUUGAACUGACAGCUGGUGUGGUGGUAGAGGUGCGUGUGAGUUCCGUCAUGAGUGGCGGGGAAUUGUGGGUGCAGCAGCCUCUCCACCCCUCCUUCUCUGCCCUGCAGCGUCUCCACUCUUGCAUGAACCUCAACUAUGGGGACGGCUUGAACACCCCACCCUUGCCUGUGCCCAUUCAAGAAGGGACUGUGUGUGUAAGCCAUGUUGCCAAACAGUGGAUGAGAAGCCAGGUAUUAAGUUGCACUGAAGAAUCUGCUAUGGUGGUAUUACUAGAUGUUGGUGGAGUCCUUAACCUCCCCACGUCAGACCUUAGACAGAUUCGUUAUGACUACAUGACGCUCCCUUUCCAAGCCUCUCAGUGCCUGUUGCAUGGAAUCCAGCCUGUUGGAGAAGAUGGCUGGGAUGACACGUCCGCAGCUGUGCUCGAAGAACUGGUCAGUGGCACAAUCCUUUUCACCACCGUGGUCUCGUAUACUGAAGAUGGUGUACCUCUAGUCAACCUCUACAGAAGACAGCAGGAUCAGUACAUCAACCUGAAUGAGAAGAUGGUCCACCUUGGCCACGCGAAGUGGAUAGCCCCCCCCUCGGCCAGCUGAGCUUGGCCAUAGUCGCUAGCCACCUAAGUUACCUGUGACCUUUCCUUUUUGUACCAUUUUGUAAGUGGUAUGAAGGAAUAUGUUGACCUUCAGUAUAUGUGAAGAAGAGAAAGUAUACUGUGAUCAAUGUUGUUUUUGUAAGUGUUGUUCUCUCUCUCUCUCUUUUUUUUUUUUUUUUUUUUUUUUUUUCAUUUUUGCAAUUUAUGGAAUAAUGGCAUAUGAAUUUGUUUCUUUUUUUUUUUUCUUUUUUCUUUUUUAGAUGAUAGUUAAACAUUUAGAUUUGGGUUUAUUUUUGCAACAGGAAUCUUAAUACAGAAAUUCAUAUCCAUUCUUUCAUUAUACCUCUUUUAUUUCCCUCUCUGUUCUGCUUUCUUGGAAACAUUGCUCAUUUCCCUUCAUUCCCUUUCAUUUCCUUUCAUUUCAUCAACAAGUGUACUGAACAGAUUACAUAAAUGACAUGCAUCCAUAACCAGAGAAAUAGAAAGAAUAGAAGAGAAAAAAAAAAGACCCCCUGACCCCCACAGACAAAAUACAUUGUUGAUGCGCAUGCAUUGCAAUUUUCUAUAUUGUUCACAGAGAUAUCAAGACUUUGAAAGUGCCUAAGCAAGCUAGUUGUUACCGGUGAGCCUGGCUUGCUCCCUAAUCAGCUGGUUUGACACAAGUUUUUUUGUGAAUCCCCCCCUCCUCCUCCUCCCUUCCCUGCUCCUCCCUCUGCCCGUGCCCAGAGUUGCCACCACAGCACAGACUGUUCAUUGCGUUCAUAUUUUCCUAACGUCUUCACUGGUUCGUAAAGAGUUUACAGCGCGUAGUUUUAAGGAGCCCUAGCGGAUGUGGAAAUCCUAAUUUAUAUAUGCGUUCGAGAGAUAUUUAACACUCUUUAUUAUUAUCAAGAGCUUUUCCCUUCUUUCAGAACAUGAUUAUUAAAUUGAAAAAAAUGUAAGUGUAAACUAGCCCAUGUGUUUAUAUAUAUAUAUAUAUAUAUAUAUAUAUAUAUAUAUAUAUAUAUAUAUAUAUAUAUAGGUACAAUGAUAUCAAAGUACAAGAUGCAGUGAAUAUAAUGGACUGUAGUCUUUGGUAAUUUACAUGAUAGUUCUAAAGGAAAAUCAAAAUAGUGAAUACAAAAUAAAAAACACAAAUAAAAAAAAAAAGCUUGCCAUAACUUUUUAUACAGUAACUAGUAUGUAGUCAUUUGAAAUUUCACUGUCUUAAGUAGUUCUUUCAAAACUUUUUCAUUUACAAGUUAAUUCAUGGGGAAAAAAAGGUUGUGAAAGCUAGAUUCAUCAACAGUACCCUUGAAUUAUGGUUGUUAUUGUUACAAAUUUGAGAUUAUGUUAGCUAUCAGUUCUAUCAGUAUCAUUUAUCAGUAAUUUCCAUUUUGUUACAUAAUUCAAAUUUUUUUACAACGUUAAAGACUGCCGAAAUUCAAGCUAGUCAGUAUACGAGGUUUGCUUAAUCUCCUGUAUGUAAUUUUGCAAACUUCUUUAAAAAAUCUGCUCUUGGAACUGUAAAAUCUUGAGGGGGAGGCAGCGUGCAUAUUGUUGGACAGUGUCAAGGUUGUAUGUGUGGUCGAUGUACUUCCGAUGUGAAAGUGAGACUAAAGGUUAUUAUUUAAUUAUUUAAUUUCCUGGAAUUGAUUCCUUUUCUCUCCUUUUCUUUCUUCGUAUCUCUUUUCCUCUACCCUUCUUGAAGCUGAUAUAGUUUUUGUGAGACCAGUACUUGUCCAUCCCGUGUGUAAUGCAAGAGGGCACAAUUUCUCAAACAGCUGCAAUACUAGUGUAGAAAAGCGAAGACCUUUUUAAAAAGCCCGGUUGGGAAGUGGAACAGUAGAGCGAGAAUGGAUUGCCCUAAGCAAAGUAUUAAUAAUACUCUGGAAAGCAGGUAUUAGAUUUAUCUUUGAAUGUCAUUAGAUAUUUGGAAAUUGUCGUUAGUGACUGUGCUAUAUAUUCAGUUUUGUAUUAUACAUUUGAGAUCUCUCUCUUGAGCUUAGUGUCUUGAUAUACCACUACAAAAUUAUUUAUCCAUUGAGUGUUUAUUCCAUGUAAUGUAAAAAUAAGAAAGUUGUUGAAAGUUGUUAGAAAAGGAUGUGUUCUUUAAAGUCUUUCUUUGCAAUAUAGAUUGAUGCAAAGGAGAUACAUUAUUUGGUCAGAGCAUAUUAAGAGAAUGAAGUAAUAAGUCACUUUUGUCAUAGCUUGGAAUUGAACAUGACCUGAAUCUCUUGCAUGAAAAUAGGUGUUGGAAGGUGUAAUACAGCUAUACCUGGUAUUUUCUUAUUACUUUCCUUUAUUCAGUUCAGCUUCCCCGAUUGAUAUGUUCUAUUUAUGCUAUGUAGAAUUUUCUCAGCAAUAUUUAGGGUUUCCAGCAAUUAAACAUGUAUAGUGAGGAAUAUGGUUGUUUCUUUCCUUGAUGCUCAUUUUCUAGAGAAAAGAAAAUUGUUAAAAAAAAAAAAAAAAAAAAAAGUGUAGAAAAAGGAUUAAGAUAAACAUGAGACGUCCAUGAAGUUUGUACGUUAAACAUUUCUUAUUUAGAUUGCUAGUUUAUAUCCCAGGUUUUUUCGGUUGCAGUUCUCAUGGCUUUUUGAUUGCUUUACUAUUGCAAAGGAUGAGAUAGGUAACCAUUUGUGUUGUGAAUAACAAAAAUGAAGAUGGUUGACUGAAGUAUCAUGCAUACAUCAUUUUUGGUUUGUAUUUACAGGAUAUUGGAAUAGUUUUCUUUGUGUGGUGGGGUUCUUGUAGAGCCUUUAGGAAGUGUUAGAAAGAAUUUGAUAUUGAAGUGACUGUUAUGAAAGGAACUGACUUCAGUGAUAUCCAUUCUGUUCAGUAUAAGCUGCUGUUAAGUUAUAAAAGUUUACUUUAUAUUGGUGUGUGUGACAAUUAUGAUACAGAGAUAACCCAGUGAAAUUUUUACCAAAUGUUGAUAACGGAAAAAAGUUUGUAAAUUUAGAAAUAUAAUUAUUUAUCAGACUAUAUCUAUGUGUUGUGUGAUGUCUAAGCAUUAAUCCCUUUAAAAGAAAAAUUUAAUUGAAGUUUCAAGAAAAAAAGAAAAUUGUUUUGUAUCAUUUAGAAUUAUGCAGAGAAUGGAAACAGGAGACAAGAUAAAGAUUACAAGAAUUCACUGCUGUUUUACUAUAGAGGCAAUGUCCAAGUAGUCUUCUAAACUUUAGAGAAAAUACAUUAGUUGUCCUUCAGGAUUUUGGAGACGUAGUCGAGUUGCUAUUUUGGAUCGAGGACUCGCUCUCAAGGCCUCAGGGAUGUGUGAGAUCUUUUGUCAGAAAACGUUGUACUGUAUGUCCUUUGUAACGAUAUUCCAAUGACUGUAUUCUGUGGUAUUCAGAAAGGGCGGUAUUGAAUUUAUGAUAAUACAUGUUGAGAAAUAUUAGCACUCUCUUCAGUGUGCUUAAUAAUAGCUUCAACUGACUGUCUUCUCUUUGAUUGUAUUUUCCUGCAUUUGCCUUAUCUUUAUUCUGCUUUCCUUCUUGGUUUCAUCCUCAUCUCCCAUUUUCAGAAACAUCACCCCAAGAAUCAUCUUUGAUAUGACUUAGUCGCAAGUGGCGAAUUGAGUGAUAUGAAAUUUGAGUCUUUACACACACACAUUGUUUGUAUUACAAGCUGUAUUCUCUUUAUGAAUAGAUGUGGAUGAGGGUUUUCCUUCUUUUUUCCAUAUUUUGUCACAAGUAAUAAUGUGUUACAGUUGAUGGGUGACAAUAAUCCUUGAAACUUCUGAAUUUAGGUUAGAGACAAGAUGAUUAUAAUUAUAAGAUUAGUUAAGGCUAUUUUGUAUUAAAAAUAUGUAAAUAUAUA